GAAGUAAAACAGAAACCUUUGGCCCUCUGACAAACACUUGUGGUCCCAGAGCAAAACACCACCCAUCUCUGCACUGUAGAACCAGGCUUAUGCUGCGCCAAACUGACCACUAGCCAAGCAAUCCUGCUUUUGAUUGGCUCUCUUUUCCUCUCAGCCAAUCAGUGGUCCCAUGUCCAGCAGCAAUAGGUACUUUGUUAUUGUUCUGUAAAAGUGAGUGGUUCAAUAAUUGCUAUGCAUUGAUAAUCACUGUUAUUGAAUCUUAAAUAUCAAAGUUACUGUGACAGGGUAGGAACCAUCGUUUCGGUCCAUGUUUCCCAGGGGACUAUAAUUGGUGUUGAACAUGUAAAUGUAUAAAAGCACCGUAGAGUGCUAUUCAUGUUAGAGCUUGGUACUGGAACAGUCAUUGUUUGGAAAGGUGGUGUGAUGUCAAGUGUUAAUUCUGUUUAUUCUGUUUUGCAGGCUAUCUGUUGGGAUAUGGUGCUGUAUCUGGCUGUGCUCUUGCUGCUCUGCCUCUGUCAGCAGGGACUAACUGAUGAAACUGGUAUGGUAGCUCCUGAGGACCACUCCUGUGGAGAGCAGGUGUUCAGACAGGAGGCCUGGCGGUCAGUAGGAGGUGCUAUUGAGAGACUGGGCCGGCAACUACUGGACAGCCUGCAUACAGGGCCGGAGCAGCCCAAUGUCAUCAUAUCACCCUUAAGUGUGGCCCUCGCACUAGCACAGCUCUCACUGGGAGCUCACAACGAGACCAAGAAGUUGCUGCUCAGUUCUCUACAUGCCCACACUGUACCCUGCUACCAUCACACCCUGGGCAGCCUGCUCCAACACCUCACCAACACUUCCCUACAGGUGGCCACACGCAUGUACCUGCGCCCAGAGUUUGAGGUGUACCAGUCCUUUAUUGCAGAAUCCCUGCGUAGGUACAGAUCAGAGCCUGCCCCCCUGAUCUCAGUGGAGGAGGUCAACCGAUGGGUGGAGGAGGCCACCAAAGGUCACAUGACCAAUUUCCUGCCCAGUAUUCCGCACGACAUGGUGCUAAUGCUUAUCAAUGCUGUGCAUUUCAAAGGUGAGUGGGAGGCUCGCUUCGACCCUCAGCUCACACAGAAAGGGGAAUUCUACCUUGACAACAACAACUUUGUCCAUGUGGACAUGAUGCGCUCAGCCAAGUACCCACUGAGCCUGUUAGAAGAUGGGGAGCUUGGAGCUCAGGUUGCACGUUUUCCGUUUAAGGGAAACACCAGCUUCCUAGUAGUGAUGCCGUUGCCAGGAAGAGGAAAUGUGUCAUCGCUGGUGGCCAAGCUAAACAUCUCGGACCUGUACAGGCGUCUACCUCAGGAGAGCACCAUGCAGGUCCAACUGCCAAAGUUCACCCUGCAGUACCGUCAAGAGCUACAGGAGGCGCUGUCCAGCAUGGGUUUGGGAUCUCUGUUCUCUGGUCCUGAUCUGUCCGGUAUAUCGGCGGUUCCUCUGCAGGUGUCCAGUGUGCGUCACGCUUGCGGGCUAGAGCUCAGUGAGGAAGGGGCCGACGCAUCUGCAGCCACCUCUGUUACCAUAAUGCGCUCCGUUCCCAUCUUCUUUGUAAACUCCCCCUUCCUGUUCGCCCUGGUAGACCACACCUCCCUUUCUCCCCUCUUCCUGGGUACUGUCACUAACCCUGCCCCUGACACCAGCCCAAUGCACAUUGACAGUCAACUCGGUGAUGAUCCCCAUGGCAACAAUACCCAAAGUGACAGCACUAAUAGUAACAAUGUACAGAGUGAUGGUCCCCAUAGCAGCAACAAUGUACUUUGACCAGCCAUAGUGAGAAUGCAGUGUGGCGCCCCUGCUGGAGGGAGGUGCAUCGGCACCCCCUGAAUGAAGUGGAGGAGGAACUCCAACAACCAAGUGGCAGGGCAAAGAUCCUGUGCCAACCCCUCUCAUACAGUUCCUUCCUAAACCAACUUUGGAUGGGGCAGGCUGGGCAUCAAUCUCUCACUUUUCUGUCCUGAACAAUACAGCACAACCAGCCGGUCACAUAUGGAUCCUAGCCCUCAUAUAGCAAAUCCCAAUCCAUUGGCACAGUUCCCAGACCAAAAUCAACCCCAGUCCCUAUGCCUAGACACCUGACUUCUCACAGUCCCUCCCCACUGUGUGCCCCUGGACUUAGGAGAGACCAUGGACCUGUCCCAUAAUACUGUGUGGAUGAACACUCAAAUUUGUUGCCAUUUUUACACUUGGUUGUGCACUGUCUUACACUAUUUGUGCUUUGUUCUGAUUAUUCCCACCUCUGGUAUUGAUUAAAGAAAAGGGAUGAAGUCAA